GAUGGAGAUAAGUUGAGCAGUUGUUUUUAUGUUGUUUGUCCUUUUGUUUCACUUGUGGUUAUUAUAAAGCAUUGACGAAUCCCAAGGAAUCAAUAAAACCUUCAGAAUGACUCCUAUGUGUUGGAUGCAAUUGCUGCUGCUUUGCAUGUGUUGCUGGCCUGCUGCGACUAAACCCAAAUGGAUGCGUCCCCAGUUCCCUUGUGAUGUCACGGCCAAGACUAUCUCAGAGGUUAUGUUUGACUGCAAAGGGCGUAAACUGAAGGAUAUACCAGAAGGGAUAACAAGUAAUGCAACAGCGCUGAACUUAUCGGAAAAUAACAUCAAUCAUAUCGGUCUUAAUUCUUUUUCUAACCUAAUGAAUCUCACCCUACUCGACCUGAGCUUUGCAAACAACAAACAGUUAGUGAAUAUUGACCACGAUACUUUCAAAAAACUGACCAAGCUGCAAACAUUGUAUCUGAGCUUCAACCGCCUGAAUGCAAUACCUGCCAAGCUCCCGCCUAGUUUGACAUUCCUUGAGAUACACAAUAACAAUAUUACAUCCCUGGAUAAGAGCAGCUUUAAUGGAUUGAUGAACAUGACAACACUAUGGCUAUACAAAAACUGCUUCUACUGGAACCCAUGUGGGAGGUAUAUGAACAUUGCAGAUGGCAGUUUAGCAGUGAUGACCCAACUUCAGUGUUUGGACUUGUCCUUUAACAACCUAACCAAAGUCCCCAAAGGAUUGCCCUUGUCGUUGCAACAUCUAAAUCUGGCGGCCAAUCAAAUCGAGUACAUAUCGGAAAAGGAUUUCCGUGGCAUGAACCAACUGAAAGUCCUGAAAAUACACGGGAAUUGUCCAAGAUGUCAAAAUGCUCCUUAUCCGUGUGUUCCCUGCAAAAACGGCGCACUUGCCAUCGACCAAAACGCAUUCGAUGAUUUAACAGAUCUUGAAACACUCCACUUGGGAGGAAACUCGAUGACAUACAUGGAUCCACGCUGGUUCCUGAACCUAAAGAAACUCAAAGAACUGUAUGUCGCGUUUAAUUUCUUACAUGCCACAAUAUCUGGGGAGGCUACAUUUCUGUCAUACCUUCCAAAACUUGAAAAAAUUGAUCUGUCAUUCAACUUUGACAUGAAGUCCUACCCCUCAAAACUGAAUCUAUCCAAGAAUUUUACACGUCUAGAGGCGCUUAAAACUUUGCAUUUGGAGGGGUUGGUCUUCCAGGAAAUAGGAGCCGACACACUCAGACCUCUAUACGAGCUCAAAAACUUGUCGACACUGAACUUAGGAACAAACUUUGUCUUGCAGCUAGACUGUGCCAUAUUAAGCAAACUAUCACACUUGAGGCUGAUAUACCUAGCAGAAAACCGUCUCUAUCCAAAUUCGGUGAAAACUCUGGUGUAUUCAAGCGAUGGAUACAACGAGAGGCAGGACUUUACGGUUUCAACAUUAGCAAUACGUCAUCCACAGGAGUUUGAGAUCACACAUAGCUUAAUCAAACAGGAGUGUUUCGACUCCGGGCCAGUGCUAAGCCUCGCCUCGAAUAAUCUGUUCUUCAUUUCACCACAGCAGUUCAUUGGUUACAGCAAUAUCACAUGUCUCAACCUCUCGAAGAACGGAUUUUCAGCAGCGCUGAAUGGCACAGAGUUCUCCUCCAUCACUACGCUGACAUAUCUAGACCUGUCCUUCAAUAAGAUUGAUUUAGUCUACGACUACGCCUUCAGUGAACUAAAGAACCUCCAAGUACUGGACAUCAGUCACAAUUCUCACUACUUCCAGGCCUUUGGCAUCACACACAACUUACACUUCAUAAAAAACCUGCCUGUCCUGAGGGUGCUGAAUAUGAGUCAUAACUCUAUUUCCACAUUGACAACAAAACAUAUGCACAGCAAAUCAUUAACAGAGCUACAAUUCAGACACAACUAUUUAGGGACUCUUUGGAAAGACGCCUCAUAUCUUAAACUUUUCACCAAUCUCACUAAUUUGACCAUAUUAGACAUUUCUGAAAACAACAUCAAGAACUUACCCGACGAAGUUUAUCAGUUCUUGCCACGAAACCUUACAACACUACGUAUUAGUAAAAAUGUUCUCAAGCAUUUCAAAUGGGACGAGCUAAGUUAUUUCCCUAAACUUCAUACUCUGGACCUGAGCCACAAUUCCAUAUCUGAUGUGAUAGGCAUAGACUCCAAUGCCACCAACAAUUUGACCGACCUUGACUUGAGUAACAAUGACAUUUUCCAUUUGGAUGACGGGUUUUUGAGAGGCGCAAAAAGCCUUAGGACUCUUUCACUUAGCCACAACAAACUUAACCUAAUCAAUCAAUCAACAUUCCAGCACAGACCUGAAAUAUUGUUACUGCAUGGUAACCCGUUUCAGUGUACCUGUGACAUGCUAGAUUUUAUUCUGUGGAUUGAAAACAGUGGUGUGCACAUCCCAGGACUGUUUGCUCAUGUGACAUGUGAAGGACCACAAAAACAGAAGGAUCAUCCACUCAUCCUCUUCGAUAUUAACCAGUGUGUAAAUGACAGUCUGGCGUUCUUGCUCUACACAGUCACUUUUUCCUUCAUUAUUGUUUUUAUGGUUGUGGUGACGGUUUCCCACUUGUUUUACUGGGACGCUUCCUACAUCCUACACUAUUUGAAAGCAAAAAUGAUAGGGUACCACUCUUUGAACUCGUGCUGUGGCAUUUAUGAAGUCUUUGUGAUUUACGACACCAAAGACCCACACGUUUCCGAGUGGGUGAUGAAGAAUCUGCGUGUGAAGCUGGAGGAGGAGGGGGAAAUACGUCUCCCUCUGUGUCUUGAGCAGAGGGACUGGAUUCCUGGAGUCCCCCUAAUGGACAACCUAAUUCAGAGCAUCCGAAACAGCCGCAAGACAAUGUUUGUUCUCACAGAGGGGUCUGUCAAGACAGGCAUGUUCAGGCUGGCCAUGUACCUAGCACAUCAACGAUUGCUCGAUGAAAACAUAGACGUUAUUGUGCUGCUCAUGCUGGAGCCCGUGCUCCAGCACUCCCACUUCCUGCGUCUCCGUCAGAGACUGUGCGGGAAAAGUGUGGUGGAGUGGCCCAAAACAGCGGCCGCCGAGCCUUGGUUUUGGCAAAACCUGCGGAAUGUCAUCCGAGUAGACAAUCAGGUCAUGUACAACAAGACCUACUCCAUGUACUUUAACAGUAGAACCAAUCUUGCACACCCAGUAGCCCAAGUCUCUGCAAGCAUGUCUGACAAACCCGACAUCACAGAAGUCACAACCUUUGACAAGUCCAAGCUGAAGAAGACUGAGACCACUGAGAAAAACCCACUGCCCACCAAAGAAAUCAUCGAGCAGGAAAAAGCAGAGUCUUCAUGAAAACCGACCCACAAUGUGCUGCAAGCCUCCCUUUUUUUUGUCAACUGAAUAUCACUGCAUUUACCUUUUUUUGGGGGAGGGUGUAGUAAAGAAUGGCUUGCACACGGCAGGUUCAUUGGGUUUCUUGGGCGUUUCAUCUCCGGUGGGAGGAGUGGGUGAGGCCACACUUCAUGAUAUGCAGCCCCCCACACUAGUCUACCUGCAACAUCCUCAGUUUGUCUUUGUAAAUCUGGAAUGCACAUGGUUGUUUAAUAUGCAAAAUAAUAAAAACCUGUAAAUGGC